GUUUCUUCAUCAACUCAGCGGCUCGUGUCUUCUAUCUUCUCUGCUUAAGGAACUUGAAAGAAAAAGUAGAAGGAAACUAUGGCGUAUGCACCACCAAUGAAGCAAGGAAAGGCAGGAUUCGAGGAGACACAAGAGCAGAUUCACAAGAUUAGAAUCACUCUCUCCUCCAAGAACGUCAAAAACCUUGAGAAGGUGUGCACUGAUUUGGUUCGUGGAGCAAAAGACAAGAGAUUGAGAGUGAAAGGACCAGUGAGGAUGCCAACUAAAGUUCUCAAGAUUACCACAAGGAAAGCACCUUGUGGUGAAGGAACCAACACAUGGGACAGAUUUGAGCUCCGUGUACACAAGCGUGUGAUCGAUCUCUUCAGCUCACCUGAUGUUGUGAAGCAGAUCACUUCCAUCACCAUUGAACCUGGUGUUGAGGUCGAGGUCACCAUUGCUGAUUCUUAGAUGCUUGUCGUUUAAUUUACAAACUUGUUUUUGAAAUUCCAGCAACUUCUCAGCUUUUUUUUGUUACAAGGUUCAGACUUGGUGUUUUUUUUUCCUAUAUAUGUUAUCCUUUUGAGUUUAUUUUUGUGACUUCUGCUUUUGUUUUGAUAAAGCAUUGUGCCUUAAUACUAUUUAGACUUUUGAAUUAUAACCGCGGUUCAUUAGUACUGUUCGGGAUUGUAAUCCAUCAUUUCAACUGUAACUCGGGUUUUUCCUAGAUCAAAUAUAACGAUUUUUC